AUGAAGGCCUUCAGCGAGUGUUGCGCGCCUUGCUGCCCUGGCGACGCCGAAACGGAGCAGGCUGAACAACAACUUCAGCAGGGCCAACUACCUCCUGGAAGUCGCCUGGUUUCUGGAACUAUUGCUCAGCAAGGAGAACCAAGAGUUCUGGAGCCUCUUGUUCAGGAACGUAUUGUGGAAGUCUUGAAGCAUGAAAUAGAAGAACGGAUCAUCGAAGUGCCUCAAGUGCAAUAUGUUGACCGCAUUGUUGAGGUCCCUCAGACUGUCGUGCAUGAAAAGAUUACCCAUGUGUCCAAACCAGUCAUUCAGGAGCGCAUAAAGCACGUUCCAAAGGUGGUUUACCAGGAGAAGAUAGUAGAGGUGCCCCAAGUCAAGGUGGUUGACAAGAUUGUAGAAGUGCCCCAGUACGUCUACCAAGAAAAAAUAAUUGAAGUCCCACGCGUGGUAGUGCAAGAGAGAGUUAUUCCAGUUCCCCGCAAGGUUGUGAAGGAAAAGCUUAUUGAAAUCCCUGAAGUGGAGUACCGCGAUGUCGCUUUCGAGCAACCUAUCGAGGUUACCGAGGAGGUCAAGGAAGAAGAAGUGGUCGAGAAAGCGUAUACCCAAGUUGUGCAACGACCCUUUGAAAUGGAAAAGGUUGUCGAAGUGCCUCAUAUUCAGCACACCUACAGGAAUGUGAUGACCCCGCAGUAUAGGCACAUACCAAAGCCAGUCGAGGUCCCAAUGACUCACUACAGGCCCAUCCCCGUCGAGAAACUUGUCGACCGUAAUGUUCCAGUACCAGUAGAGCUUCAAAUUGUGCAGGAAUACCUAUGCCCGAAGAUAGAACCACGAUACAAGGAAGUUCCAGUCCCUGUACACGUGCAGCGAACAAUUGAACACCCGGUGCCAAAGGAAGCCAUGGGGAACCCGCAACUCCUCCCCCUCUACUACCAAGGAAGCAAAGAGCAAUUCAAGGGAAGCUUUCAGCCUGGCGGGGCUUGCUACACAAUGUCCUCGUGCUGUGCCCCGAGGGUUGACCACAUUACAGAAGCUACGGCGGGAACGGUCGAAGUGCUUGCUCAAGCUGGAUACCCACAGCAGCACCCCAUGGGUCCUCCACCUCCAGCUCCCAUGAUGGCCCAAGAACAGCAGCCCACGCCAGCAGAUCAAGAACCAGCCCAGCAACAAACUCCGGACGCUGGUACAGAACGUAUGAGUACAAUGCAGCGCGAAAUGCUUGCUGCUGCAGGCCGGCAAGCCAACCCGUAUGUGCAAGUAUCUGUCACUCCACUGGCACCUGGACAGAAGUCCGAAAUAAACAUACAGUAG